AUGUCACGACGACUCGGUUCACUACUGCUUUCAGGUCUGAUUGCACAAACUGGCGCUCAACAUGUUGUCAACGAACCGGAUACGGUCUGUGUAACGUACUUGUCAACCUACCUCGUCCCUGUCUCCUCGAAUGUCACAGGUUCUGUGCCGAUGGAUGGCGCGAACAGCACAUCGCAAACUUUUGAUGCUGCCUUGUCAGCUUCUACCACAUUCGGGUCCGGAACUGGUCCAUCCUUGGACCUGACCGAGACUCUUCAAACUACUCUGUCUCUUUCUGAUGGCACCAGUCAGCUAAUCAUUACUUCGGUCACGACCGAUACGAAUACUGCAAACUCCGAUCCUACGACAGCACCCGGGCCUGGCGACCAGCUCGUUGUCUUCCGCAUCGUUCCAGACACUGAUAACUCAAGGCGAAGGCGUCUUAGGAGAGCGAUUGGGGGCUUCGUAGGCUCUACUUCAGAGAUAUGCCAAGAUGCUUCUGCGUUUAGCCUCUCUGACGGGCGCCUGUUUGAUGGCGCAAACCCUAUUUAUUACAAUGGCGAAGAAUUCAAGGAACUGGGCGGUCAACAGGCGACAGUUCCUCGUGGGGCUGUAGCUGCAACAUUUUCUGGUGAUGGUGGAUUUCUCCGAUUUCGCAGCCCUGAACUACCCAGUGGUGAAGCAGGCUUCUGUCAGAGCCCAGGAACUGGUCUGGUAUACAUAACCUUUACAUCCUCUCCUCCAAGCUGCGUAUCAGUCAGGUUAUCCGUUGUUGGAGUCGAAGAGUGCGAAGAUGGACAAACGUCUGCAAGCGCUGCUCCGACGUCAACCGAUCUCCAGACCAUGCAGUCUACAGUGGACUCUGUCGCCACAUCUCUUUCCUUGAGUACAGCAAUUCCUAUUGUUUCUACUGAUCUCUCCGAAGCCACAUCACUCGUGGGCUUUACGACUCUUGUUCCUCCAUCUCUAGAACCUACACAGACACGACCUGCGCAAAUAAGUUCCUUUCGCUUUUCUAAUACUUCAACGGUCGUCUUUCCUACCGUACCAAUUGAGACAUCUGAAGACUUUUCUUUUCCAAACAUUCCUGGUGUUACCUUCACGCCAUUAGAUGAAGCGACAACAGCUGAUGCCUUGCCCACCGAUGUGAUAUCUUCGGAAUCACAGCGUCCCACGGAUGACGCAACAUCCAGCCUCCCAGAGGUGACAACAUCGACAGUGCCUGAGAUAGGUACCCCCACCUCGGAGUCUAGUGUCAGCACUUCUGGCACUAGUACUACCGUAGACAUAGAGACGACUAUCGACAUGGAGACUACCAUCAGCAUUGAGAAUACCAUCAGUAGUGAGACUACCAGUACUACAGCAACUUUGGAAUCUGCGAGCACGUUAGACAUAACAACAGAAAUCUCUACAACAACCUCGGAAGCCGAGACUACUACCACCACUAGUCCACCGUCUCGUGCGUGCGAGUCCUACCUCGUCAACCCAACAGUAUUAUUCAGCGGUGACGAAGACAACGAAGAUGGAGUUGAGGAGCUUACUCUUCCGUUCCCAGUCGGGAUAUAUACCGAGUCCAGUGAAACCAUCUACGUCGGCGUCAACGGACUGAUAAGCCUGUUUGACAACUCCAUCGCACAAUCCUCCAACAAUCCCUUUCCGGAUAAUGGCUUACCAUCAGUGGCCAUCGCGGCUUACUGGGAUAACUUGCGCAUAAAAGGGAAUGCUGGCUACGAAAUCACGUACAGAGUGUACGAUGAUGCUGACUAUCGCGCGGUCAAUAUCGACUGGUGUGUUGUGGAUGGGGACGACGUCGUCACUCACUUCAUGGUCAUUCUCAGGGCUUACGAUCUUUCCAACCCCGAGUCAGUUUUCAUGCGUUACUUCCAGUCCAAUGGAGGGAAGUCAGCCACUAUAGCUGUACAGAAUCUUGCCGAUGCCAAGUCUGAGCAAUUCUCCUACAAUAUGGAAAAUGCAGUGCCAGAUGGAUGCACUGUUCUCUUCUUCACUAUAGGAGGUGAUGAAAGAGUUGUUUAUGUGCCACCAUAA